AUGGCUGACCUGAAAUCUAGUACUCCGAAAGACGAGUCCUGGACCAACCAGGCCCAACGCAAGGCGCAAAAUGCUUACGAUGAGCUCUCUGGCUCAAAGGAUACCCCAAGAUCUGUGCAACACUCUAGUGUUCCCGGAUCCUUCGACUUUGACGAGGGCAAAAAUUACUCUGCUGGAGACUCGAACUAUACGUCGCAAUCGCACAACUACGAUUCCACCUCGCCGACUUUCAAGGCCUCUGAGGGCGGCGCCCACGGUGAGCCUGGAGAACAGCCAUCGCUGGCCAAUAAGUUGAUGUCUGCCAUUGGAAUUGGUGGUAGCUCCGAAGGUGCAACUUCUCAGAAGGACAAGCCUUUGGCUGGCGAAGACGCAGCCAAGAACUCCGUGUCAACCAAGACUCUUGAGAAACAGGCUGGAAAGGCUCACAGUUACGUUGACAACCAGGGUAACGAGUUCGAAGUCGUUCCUACCGACAGAAAUGUGAAGUACUCGUCGCUAGUCGACCCGGUCGUCGACCAGAGAGAUAUCCAUGGCACCGAGGACAAUAUCAAGGGACUGUCUGAAAAGGAGAGAGCCCAAAGACGUCCAGUCGACCCUGCAGACACUAAGAACGCCAAGGACUCCCAGACACAGCAGAAAGAUCGGCAGUUUGUUCCCGACACUCAGUCGGGCGCUCAUUCGGGUAGAGCUGCUGCUGGGGCUGGUGCAGGGGCUGGUGCUGGCGCAGCUGCCGGCCCCUAUAGCUCUUCGAGCACUGACAAUCACGGCCAAUUUGGCAAGUCAGGGUCUUACGGACACACUUCAAGCGGCAACGCUGGCGGAACCAGUGAGCAUCGUUCUGCCAGCCAGUACCAGAAGUCCGACUUUGCCGCCCAACACGACACUACAGACAAGAACCUGGGUCCUGAAGUUCCUGGAGCUGGUGUUGGCUCGCUAGCCGGCGCUCCAGGCCAGACAUACCAUCCCAAGCAGAGCCAGGCUCUAGAGACUCAACAAGGCUAUGGCAUUAGCGAUCACGCAUCAAAGCGCGAAACUGACCGUGGUAAGGGAUUCUCAAACACCGGUGCUGCCGCCGGAGCUGCGUAUACCUCUGGAAAACCAGUCAGCUACAACACCACAGGGGCUGCCGACACAGAUCCUGUUCAUGGAGCCACUGCUCCUGCUGACCUGGGAGACUACAGACACCCAAUUGGAGAGCAUGGCAGCAAGAACGCUCAGGGAAAGUCUCACAAGACUCAGGACAAGCACAAUGAUCUGAGCCAGAAGGAGACUGCUGCGUUCAAGUCGAAAAAUGACCACCACGGGGUUACCGAAACCGCUGCUGGCGCUGCUGCCGGCGCGGGUCUGGGAGCAGCCGCUGGCCGUCACGAGAAGUCGACAAGCACCACCUCUGACUCGUCUGAUUACGGUUCCGGUUCGGGAGCUGGCUCCAAGUCUGGUAAGACCAGCAAAUGGGGCAAGUCCGGCAAGAAGAACGACGACACGGGUGUGCAGCACGGCACCGUCUACCAGGACGUGCACCACGACACUUUUGCCACCAGAAACGCCGGCCAGCUCAAGUCCGACUCCUCCAGACUCCACGAAAGCGAGAAAAAGGGCCAGCCUGAGUUCGCUCAGAAACAGGCCGAGCUGGGCUACGAGACUGCCCAUGGUGGAUCGCAUACUGGAGCCGGUGCCGGAGCGGGUGCCGGAAUAGGCGCCGCUGUGGCUUCUGCUGCCGGCUACAAGGCUGCUCCGCACAACAGCAGCUACGGAAAGCAGCAGGGCAACGAUGCUUCUACUCAGGAACUGAGAGGUGCUCCAGGUGUUACCAAGACCGAAAAUGACCCUUACGACAGUUCGUACGGUAGCCAGGGCCAAACCGACGAGAGGGUGUUUGGCUCUCUGGACCCUAAGAGUGCUCGGAAUCAGAUUGAUCACGACAAGCUCAGCUCUCAGGCCAAGGAUGUGUCGCAGAAAGGCGGCCAGCAGCUCAACAAGGCCGGUCACGGUGAACACUCUGCCUACGCCACAGGUGCAGGAACGGCUAUUGGGGCUGGUGCGGGCUAUCUGGGCAGCAGAGAAGCUGGCAAGGACUCCACCCAACAAGCCAACGUGUCUGCUCAAAAGGACCCAGAGCUCGCUAAAGGCGGAUUUAGGGACGCCCUUCAGGGUGGAGGCAGCUCCCAUGAACACACUCAGACAACUAACAAGUACUCUGCUGGUGUUGGAGAAACCACUGGUCGGAACGAGCCAGAAACCAACAAGUAUACUGCGGGCGUUGGCAGCGACGAGCCGCAGACCAGUUCUGGAUACACUGCUGGUGUCGGUGACACACAUCCUCACCAUGCCAAGGACCAGUACACUGCGGGUGUGAGAGACGACGAGGAAACUCCAUACACGGCAGGAUUUUCUGACACCGCUGGACAGAGCAAGUACUCUUCUGGAUCAGGCUAUGGUGCAGCCGCUGGCGCGGCAGGGGCCGGAAUUGCCUCAAAGAGCCACGAAAAAAGCCAAGGUCAGAGCUACGGAAACCAGGGUGCUACGUAUGGAGCCACCCAACAAACGUCUACCGGCAAGCAUUAUCAUAUCCCUGGCACCAGAGACAACCUCGAGACCCAGGAUCGCGGCCAUGGUGCUCACGGAAACGAUUAUCUGAAUGACGACCAGAAUGCGCUGGCUAACAGGGCCGCCGCAGCAGCCACCCACGAUAAACGUGGAGCGUCUGAUCUCGGCCAAUCCGGCAAGGCACGCCAGCAAGACGACGAGGCUUAUACUGGACAGCCGCAGCAGGGUGAGUCCAGCACGAAGAUCUUAGAUUAUGACGAGUUCGAAAAGGCACAACACCCACACAAGGAGAAGCUGAGCACCAAAAUCAAAAAGAUUUUCAACUGA